AUUUUCCAAAAUCUACAGUACAGAAUACAGUUUUAAUAGCAGGUGUCUUCACAACAUAGUUGGAAGCUUUGUUGAUUGCUUUGAGCUAAUUCAUCCACUGAAAAAUAGACACUUGCUCCAAUGUCUAGCAUGAAUGUGAAGGGUAUCUCAGAUGACCAGGCUGAAAAGCAACAUUUUAACAGAUCCCAUCAUAACAUCACACCAUUGACUCCAGGUCCUCCAAAGCUCCACCUUCUGAACACAGAAAGAACAUUUUUUAAUCAAAAAAACAUCAAGAAAUGGACAUAUGGACCGAGAGACAAAAACAAACAGAACAAGGUUAUACUGAUGUUGGGGGACACCGGAGCUGGGAAAACAACACUCAUCAACACCAUGAUCAAUCACUUACUGGGGGUGAAGUUUGAGGACCAAGAGUUUUAUCAAAUCACUGAAGAAACUGAUGAACUUUUACAGACCUCUGAGAUCACAGUUUAUGAGGUGUUUGUUGAAGAAAACCCAACAUCUCUGACCAUCAUCGACACUCCAGGUUAUGCACACACUGAAGGAUACAAAAAAGACAAAGAAGUUGCUGAAUACCUAGCUAAAUUAUUUGCAGAUGAGGAUGGGAUUCACUAUAUUGACGCAGUGUGUUUUGUGAUGAAGGCAUCUCAGAAUCGACUCUCUGGAAAAGAGUUUUACAUCUUUCACUCAGUUCUGUCUCUGUUUGGUAGAGAUAUCGAGAACAACAUAGUGUUUCUGCUCACUCAUUCAGAUGGAGGACCACCAGCAGAUGCUCUUAAUGCCAUUGAUAAAGCAGAAAUACCCUGCAGAAGAGAUGAAGACAAUGAACCUGUUCACUUCUUAUUCAACAACAGACAGAAAGAGAAGAGAGACAAACAGUAUGAGCAAAAGUUUAAAGCAUCCUGGGAAAUGGGGGAGAGAAGCAUGAAUGAGUUCUUCACACUACUGGAAGAAAAGAACAGAAAAAGUGUUCAGAUGACAUUAGAUGUUCUGCAGGAGCGAACACGACUGGAGGCCUGUGUCUGUAAUCUGAAGGAUCGAAUCACUGAGAACGAGCUAAAAAUAAAAGAACUGAGUGAGAUUCAGGAAGCCCUCAGACAGAACAGAGACAAGAUCAAAAACUGUGAAAACUUUGUUAUUACAGGGGAGAAAUGUGUCAAAGAAAAAGUCCUCAUUGAAAAUGAGUGGUGGUGGAACAGCAAUGUGACCUGCUGCACUGUCUGUGAGGAAAACUGCCAUGAAUGGGGCUGCUGGUGGGUGAAUGAUCUCUCAUGGUGUUCAGCCAUGAGAAACAACUACUGCACUAUGUGCACAGGAAAGUGUCAUUACAGCAAACACAUCAAGGAGAACAAAAAAUAUAAGAUGACCACAAAAACAUCUGAAAAGUCAUUUGUUGACUUUCAACAGGAGUAUGAAUCCACUGGUACAAAAAGUGAUGACAAAACAUAUGAAACCAUUAAAACGGAGCAUGACAAUUUUGUGAAAGAGUCUGAAAGUAUAACAAAAAUAGAAGAAAAAGUUAAACGUGAUCUGGAAAAGAUAAAAAAUGAAAAGUCAAACAUGCUGGUUGAAACUUAUCAGAGCAUCAUGAUUCUGUCAAAGAUAGCAUUAAAAGCAGACAGCGCUUUCACUCUUCAGCAUCUGGAUUUCCUGAUUCCCAGACUGAAGGAGGAAAAGGAAAAUGAGGAAUGGGUGAAGAACCUGGAGGAUCUGAAGAAAGCUGCAAAUGAACUGAAAAACGCGAGUGCUUUACAAUAUCUAUCCGACUUUCAUGAUUCAUUAAUUCAACUAUAGGAGUAAAUCGCACAUUUUCUUUUAAGACAAGAACACAAGACAAAUCACAAGACAAAAACAUAAGAAGAGCUGCUGAUUAAUAAGGGAGUAAAGUCAACCGCUCAAACAAAUGACUGUACAUAAUAAAAUUACUUUAUACAGUAUAUACUUUUAGACACAUUUAGUAAUUUAGUAGUAUUGGUGGGAUAUGAAUGAUUGACAGUCAUUAAGGAUGGAUUUUACUUAGCAGGAAUUUUGACCUGCAAUAAAUCAUUGAAACAUUCUAAUCUGAAGCAAGGAUCUGCAAGAAUGGCACAAACGUUUUGUUUUCACCCCCAAACCCAGGUGUUUGAUCCUUGAUGACAUUAGAAAAAGUCCAACAGGGACCUUCGGUGUACAUCUUUCAAGAAUGGCUGCAUAUUUCAUCAGCUCGGCCAAUUUGCACAAAAUCUCCAACCCAGAUCUAGACAUUGACAACAUUUAAGUGUUGAUAGAGUUAUGUCUAUGGCAACUAUAGAGACAAGGGGAAAAAAGAAGAAUCUAAAAAAACAUAAAAACAACCCAAAUAUACUUGAACAAAGCAGAAUGAGCGACGAUGGUUUUUCACUGAUUGAAUGCAUUAAGUGACUGACCUGGAGAAAAACAGGCAGGAAGCACUGUACACCUGUGGAUGGGUCACACUGAAAAUUCCUAUUCAAGCAAGAGAUAAAAAGUGGGAUUCAUGUAAUUCUUAAAAAUUGGAUUGACAUCUUUAAAAUUUGUAAUCUAAAGGACUAAAGAUGAAAGUAUUAAAAUGGGCUCCUUAUAAUUAUUAUCUUGAGCCAAAUACUUCAGUUAUGUGUUUUAAAAUAUAGUGUAAAAAUAUAGGAUUACAUCUCUGCUCAAAUAUGGUCCAAUUACUUUUAUUCUGUAAAAGAAAGUUUAAUUUAGAUGUCGAGAAUUCCUUCAGAGAUCUUCAGCUCCGUCAAUAUUUAUGCGAAAAUCAAAAAAGACACCGAUAGAGAUACAAAUAAGAGAGCGCUCUGGUUACUAAAGUAACCCUCGUUCCCCGAGGAGGGUAGUGGUCCGAAGAGCAUAGUCGGAUGCAGUGAGA